UUUUUUCUUUCCUGGAUUGGGUCCCUGCUCUUUGAGACACCAAGAUGAGCUGCUUCAGCUUCAUCAAGGUCAUCAUGAUCUUGUUCAACCUGGCCAUAUUUCUGGGCGGCGCGGCCCUCCUCGGCGUCGGGAUCUGGGUCUCCGUGGAUGGGAGCUCGUUCAUGAAGAUUUUCGGUCCGGUCUCCUCGUCGGUGCUGCAGUUCGUCAACGUGGGCUACUUCCUCAUCGCCAUCGGAGCCGUCCUGCUCGUCUUGGGCUUCCUGGGCUGCUGCGGGGCCCAGAAGGAAAGCAAAUGUCUCCUGAUAACGUUCUUCUCCAUCGUCCUGAUCAUCUUCAUCGCGGAGGUCGCUGCCGCCGUGGUGGCUCUCGUCUACACGAGCACGGCGGAGACCUUGCUGACGGCCACGGUCACGCCAGUGCUGAAGGACAACUACGGGAAGUCUUCGGACAUCACCCAGAUCUGGAACACCACCAUGGAAGAGCUGCACUGCUGUGGCCUGACAAACUACACGGACUUCACCAACUCUCCCUACUACAACAACAACGGCCAAAUGUACCCAAGCUACUGCUGCCCCAAGGGUAUAAGCAGAUGCAAUGAGACCCUUGCAGACACAGAACAUGUCCCGGGUUGCUUUGAGCAGCUGCUGAAACAAAUCCGCAUGAACGCCAGUGUGGUGGGUGGCGUGGCAGCCGGCAUCUGCGCGCUGGAGAUCGCAGCCAUGGUUGUGGCCAUGUACCUGUAUUGCCACCUGGAUGAGAAGUGACACCAUCAACAGAUCUCUGCCUAGGCUGGAGGAGGAGGAGGAAUGACCUAGUUCUGUGUAUAUUUUCUACGUUGGAAAAAUUUUGAGCAUUUCUUGGACGCAGUGUUGUCCCAUGUCACUUUUCUUUUAAAAAAAAAUCUACUGAGCUGGAAUCUGUAGAGGACCUGUAUGUUGGGGCUCUGUUUUGUACAUGUUCUUGGUACGCUACAACCUAUAGAUGCGUAGAAAAUGCUUCCCUCUCCUUUUUUUUUUUUUUUUUUUUUUGUUCCAGCCUCAAGUGCAGAGAAACGAAUGGGGACUGAAGGGCUGUGGUUACUGCUCGGGCUGUCCAUUUACUCUCCGGCUGGCUCUGUGAUCCUCACGUGGCUAGGGAAUGAACAGGCCAGAUAACAAGUGGCUAACUCUGCCAGCCCCUCCCUCUUGGUUUUUAAAAAAGAGUCUAGUUUUUGAGCUGACCGACUCCGGUUUGGAUAGUAGCACCACUGAGCUGGUGUGUGCACAGAAGGUCAUCCAGUGGUUGCAGUGGGGUGAUGGACUUGCACUGCAGCAGUUGGGGGUAGGAUCUGCCUUGAGUGAAGAUGUGGGUUUGGGAAUGUCACAGUAAGCAUCUGCCCAAGUUUUUAAGGUGGGGGCAAACCUGGGAAAACUGAUCCUAACCAGAGCCAGAAACUACUGGCAGGAAGGGACUGAUCUGAGUCUCACUUGUCCCUGCAUCCUUGAAUUGUUUGGCUCGCUGCAAACCCAAGUUUCUUUCCCCUCCCCUCCCCUUCUGCCAUAGUGCCUGGCAUAGCGCUGUGGCACCUUGCCUUUGUCUACCCCACUCAGCCCUGUAUUAUUUUUAUUUAUUUAUUUUUUUGGGGGGGGUGUUUUUUUUUUUUUUUUUUUUUUUUUUUGUUAACACUGUAAAAAAAAAAAAUAACUUAUCUGAGCUGUAAAUUAUUUUCUGAAGCAGAAAUGCUGGUACCUGACAUGUUCCAAUAAACACCUUUUUAUCAAAGCUG